GAUUGUUGCCAGUCGAGUAUGCGCGUAAGCACUCCGCGCACGCGCACUCGCUACGAAAAGCUCGAAACUAUAUCGAAAUUUUUCGCAUAGUGUGAUUGGUCAAAUUUGAAUUCCGUGACAAUAGUUUUUGAUUCAAAUCGAGUGUUUUAGUUUAGGAUUAAGGAAAUAUGGCUUUGCAAGCCGUAUGGAAGCAAGUGCUAGUGCUUCUUAUUGCUGCAUCCGCUUCAUAUUCGCUCACAUUAGACGAAGAAGCGACAAACGACGUUAUUGCAGCAGCGUCCGCCUCUGAAGAUGGUCAAAUAGCUAUUUUAGUACGAGGUCCUUCGUACAUCGAUAUAGGGCGGGAGGAACUUCUUCACGCGAAAGGGGCUGACGAUAAUUCAAUUUCACUCUUUUACAAUAGUAAAAGUAAUAAAGUUUCUCUCGAAAGUCUUAAUGGAGGGCACAUUAAAUCCGUUUCAUGGAGUUUAGGUUCCAGUUCUAGAGGCAAUCUUCUCCUUUUGAUAACACAUUCGAAAGUAAAGAUUUUUGCAAACUGUAAGCCCUUGCAUUGGCAUACUAUGUCUGGCAGACAUGACAUUUUAAAAUUACUUGCCAGUCAGAAACUGAAGUUGUAUCAUGAAGAAAAUGCACCAGUCGAAGUCUUUGGUAGUGAAAAGUCAGCAUGGGAUUCUAUAGAUUGUGAUCACCAAGAAGAACUUAGACCACCAACUUUAAUGACAGUGGAUUCAGAUGUAGAAGAGGUCAAAGAUUUCAUAGCGAAAGAAGAAAGAAUUAAAAACGAAGAUAAUAUGCAAGGAGAUGACCCGAGAAACAAUUACAUUGAUCCUAAUAUUUUCGCGCCCUUACCAUUGCCGACGACACCGUCAUCGUACCGAGGAGAUAUUCCAGCAACGGAUAUAGAAUCCUGCGAUGAUGAGGUAAUUCGACAACUGAAACUACUUCGUCAAACGGUAGAACUGCUACGUCGUGAGUUAGCUGAUCAAAAAGGAAAUAUAGACAAUCUUCGAAAUCAACUUCGUGUUUGCUGUAAUCGUGUUCCGUCUCAGCCACCUGUAGAGCGAUGCAGCGGAUCUUCGUGUUAUCCUGGCGUGGAAUGUCGUAAUACGGCGAGCGGCGUGGAGUGCGGCUCGUGCCCGUCAGGAAUGGAGGGAGAUGGGAGGCGCUGCAGGCCAGUGUCUUGUGACCGGAGACCUUGUUCUCAGGUCGAAUACUGCAUUGACUCUGAGCAAGGAUUCCGGUGCGAGCGAUGCCCGGGUAGACAAAGCAGUGAUGGUCAGACAUGUCGAUCGGCUUGUAGCUCAAACCCAUGCUUCGGAGGACGUGUGCAGUGUCACGAUAUGCCAGAUGGCAGAUACAGGUGUGGUACCUGUCCCUCCGGCUUUACCGGUAAUGGAGAAGAAUGCGUCAGGCUUUCGUGUCGGGCAGACUCGUGUUUCCAAGGUGUAGAGUGUCAAGAGACAGCUGCAGGUCCACAUUGUGGGCCAUGUCCCAGUGGCUAUUUAGGCGACGGGCGACGAUGCCAGAAUAUCUGUGAUGCUAGGCGACCUUGUGGCGAGAGAAGGUGUACGCCUACUUCGAGCAGCCCUUACUACCAGUGUGAAGGGUGUCCCAAGGGUUAUGAGUGGAAUGGAUAUGCGUGCGUCGAUAUGGACGAGUGCGACUUGAUCCGGCCGUGCGACGAGUUGGUCUCGUGCAGGAACACCGACGGCGGGUUCGUUUGCGGCGCGUGCCCCGCGGGGUUCGCGGGCAGCGCGGGCUGGACCGGCGCGGGAGACGAGCGCCGCAAAGAGAGCUGCACUGACGUGGACGAAUGUGCGCAGCGAGACGUGUGUCCACGGGGUCGCCUGUGUGUUAACACUCCAGGUUCGUUUACGUGCGUACCAUGUGGCGGUCACUACUACGUGAACACCUCGCGGCCUUGCAUCGAAGUCGACGAGCUGCGCAAGCGCUGUGAUCCUGCGCGCUGCCGGCGGUAUAAUGCUGUCUGUGGGUUCGGGUUAAACUGCGUUUGUGCGACCGGCUGGGCGGGCAAUGGCACUAUUUGCGGCCCAGAUAGCGAUUUAGAUGGUUAUCCAGACCACCAACUUCCAUGUAACGAACAGCAUUGUAAAGCUGAUAAUUGCCCACAAGUUUCCAACUCUGGUCAAGAAGAUGCUGACAAGGAUGGACUCGGGGAUUCUUGUGAUCCUGACGCUGAUGACGAUGGUAUUCCUAAUAUACCGGACAACUGCCCGUUAAUUCCGAACCCGGACCAACUAGACCGAGACGAUGAUAGAAAUGACAAGCGUGGAGAUGUUUGUGAUAAUUGUCCACGACGUUUUAAUCCAGGACAGGAAGAUGCAGACAGGGACGGAUUAGGAGAUGUUUGCGAUCCCGAUAUGGAUAAUGAUGGUAUUCCAAAUGAGCGUGACAACUGCCCACGUGUUUACAAUCCACAACAGGAAGACAUGGACGGCGACUCGAUAGGAGACUUAUGCGAUAACUGUCCCCGUGUCCGAAACCCGUCUCAAGACGACUCGGAUAGAGAUAACGUUGGUGACGCUUGUGACAGCGAUGUAGAUCGAGAUCAAGAUGGUAUUCAAGAUGGAAUAGAUAAUUGUCCAAAUCUAGCAAAUAGCGAUCAACAGGACGUUGACAACGAUGGUAAGGGAGACGCUUGUGAUGAAGAUAUCGACGGUGAUGGAAUUCCUAAUUUAGAAGAUAACUGUCCUUUGGUGUACAAUCCUGACCAAGCUGAUUCGAAUGGUGAUGGAAUGGGCAAUCUUUGUGAUAAUGAUUUUGAUGGGGAUAACGUAACUAACGCGUUGGACAACUGUCCUAAUAAUUCAAGAAUAUACCGCACUGAUUUUAGAAAUUACAUGACAGUACGACUAGAUCCUGAAGGAACGUCACAGCAAGAUCCUAACUGGGAGAUAGCCAAUGAAGGUGCUGAAAUUUUGCAAACUCUCAAUUCAGACCCUGGGCUUGCUGUAGGUUUCGAGAGUUUUGGAGGCGUUGACUUCGAAGGAACUUUAUUCGUGGAUACUCAAAUUGAUGAUGAUUACGUUGGAUUUAUAUUCGGGUAUCAAAACAAUAAACGGUUCUAUGUUGUGAUGUGGAAGAAAAAUACCCAGACGUAUUGGCAGACAACGCCUUUCAGAGCAGUGGCUGAACCGGGGAUUCAACUAAAGCUGGUCAAUUCCAAGACUGGACCAGGAAAGACAUUACGGAACUCACUCUGGAAUACUGAAUCAACUCCUGAUCAGGUAACAUUACUUUGGAAAGAUCCCCGAAAUGUUGGCUGGCGUGAACGAACCGCUUAUCGCUGGAGACUGCUCCAUCGCCCUAAGAUCGGUCUCAUCCGUCUCAAGAUCUAUGAGAACAACCGUCUGGUGGCUGACUCCGGUAACGUGUACGACUUCACUCUGAAGGGCGGUCGUCUUGGCGUCUUCUGUUUCUCACAAGAAAUGAUCAUUUGGUCCAAUCUCGUGUACAGAUGUAACGAUAAAAUUCCAACGAACAUCGUUUCCGAGCUUCCACCGAGGCUACUCAAAAAACUGGACGUAGACCACGAUUUCGUUUAUUUGUAAUGACAAAAUGUAUUAUAUAAAUAUUGGCACAAGAGAUUAAAUUAUAUAAUUUAAUAUAUCAAUCACUAAUUGUUAAUGCAUUGUAUUUAAAACAAUGGUUUUGGUAAUAUAAACAAACUCUAUAAUAA